AUGGCCGAGAACGAAUCGUGGCGAAAGGACCCUACCUUCGACUAUUACAACCAGGACUUCGUUCUUACCGCACCCGAUGCUAUCACAGCUGUACCAGCCAGCCUGGCAGACGUCCUCAAGCUCGAUAGACUCAUCGCCACCCAAGGCGUCGUCUUCGGUGUACAGGCUGGUAUCACAGGUCUUCUAUUCCUGAUCUUGCUUCUCAUGACGAAACGCGACAAGCGACAGAGCGCGGUCUUCUUGCUCAACAUCACGGCUUUGCUACUCAUCUUCAUUACUUGCGUUCUCUGGUGCGUGUCACUCACUGGCGUGUUCUAUAAUUUCUACAACUGGGAGCUCUUCUACUAUAUGGCAGACGAUCCAGGUGUCAUCAAGGCCACGCGACUUUCUGUGACCACAGAAGUCCUCGGCGUCCUCGUCAUGUCUACCAUCUUCAGCUCGCUGGUACUGCAAAUCCGCAUCGUGUGCUGUACACUGUCGGAGCUUUGGAAGCGAUGCAUCCUUGCUGUGUCGAUUUCAGUUGCCUUGGCCGUGAUCACUGUACGCUUCGUGCUUGCAGUCUACAACAUCAAGUACAACAUUAUCGGCCUACUGGACGAGACAACCGAUCAAUUCCAUUUCUUGGGCCAGCUCGGCAGGGCUAGCAAUGCAUGCACUGUGUUCGCCAUCGCCUUUUUCUCCGCCAUCUUCGUCACGAAGCUUGCCUUUGCCAUUCGACUCAGACGCAAGCUGAACAUGAAGCAAUUCGGACCGAUGCAGAUCAUCUUCGUCAUGGGCUGCCAGACAAUGAUCGUACCAAUGAUCUUCGCCAUCGUCGGUGACUACGCCACAGGCCAUCAGCUCCAAUCCCUCGUACAGACAGUCGUGGCCAUCUUCCUCCCCCUCUCCGGGAUGUGGGCGAGCGCUCAAACAGGCGACGACAAAGUCAUUCGCCCCGACGCACGCUUCCACCGUGCCAUCCCAGUCGGUGCUACAGACCUUUCUAGUGCAAAGGCUUACGGCAGCACAAAGACAAACGACACAACAGACACCCUCGUCGAGAACGACUUCGACAGCGAGACCGGCAGAUACCAGUACACAGCAGCGAGCGGCGAUCGCGGUAAGAUGAUGAUUCGCAGCACGAGCAGUCCCCACGGCGCCGUCCAUUUUCACCCCCAAGGCUUCGACUUCGGCGCGCAGGAUCAGACCGGCGGCGGCUAUGGGGCCGGCAAGACGAGUUUCAGCGAGGAUCUGGAGAUGCAGAGGUUGAAGAAUGAAGGGGUGGUGGUCGAUCGGACUUACAGUGUGAGGUCUGACUAG